AUGGGGAACGUAUCGCCCACUCCGCAUCAGCUUCUUGUAGAAGCCGUGAUUUUUUGGAGUAUAGGGGAUGAUUAUAUUAUGACAGCGACUUUUGUGAGCUCGAAUCCCUGCGAAACAAGCCUUGUAGUAUACAAGAUGUAUAAUAUGAUAUACACCACCCUGCUCGUUCUAAUCCAGAUAUCCGCACGCUAUGCCACGAAUCUCAUGGACCCUAAGGACUACGACGAGGUGCUAUCUGACCCGAAGCAAGUCAGCGACCGCAUCUAUGGAAGCAAGAUUGUUAUUGGACUAGAGCAGUGCAUGUUGGUUUCCACCUGGGGCGUCAAGACGUGCAUGUUGAUUUUCUACUGGAGGAUCACGCAAAACCUUCGCUCCAAUCUAUAUAUCAAGAUCCUCUGCGUCUACGUGGCGUUCGGAUUCGUCGUUAUCAUGGUCACCUACUACGGGGUUUUUUGUCGACCGUUCGAACAGUACUGGGCCAUGCCGGUGAAAGACAUGCAGUGCGCGACCUACCAGCGCUACUCAAUCACGCAAGCUGUAUUCAAUAUUUCCUCAGACGCCAUAAUGUUCGCCGUUCCGAUUCCACUCCUAAUAAGAGCCCAACUCAAGGGGCGCAGGAAGGUCUUGCUUCUGGGCGUCAUGAGUCUGGGUCUUUUCACCAUUAUCGCCGCUAUCCUCAACAAAUACUUCAAUUUCGCCUCCCCGCUCACCACCACAUACCAAAUCUGGUACAUUCGAGAGGCAAGCACUUCCAUCUAUGUCGCGAACUUGAUGUGCUGGUGGCCACUGCUGCGCAAGCUGUUUGGUCUCAAGGCCUUUUCAUACAACAGUAAUCGUGGCCAACGAGCGCAAAAUGAUAACAACCACAACAAGGACAGCAAUGUCUCCUCCGAAGGCUCACGUUCCCACCCGUCUUUUUCACGCCCGUGCCCAUUGAAAUCCAUGCGACCGGGCUUUCGCAAAGCCGGUCAGGACGCCCAUGCCGGCAGACAUGGUAAUACCCACCGCUCCAGCCAGGAGGCUAUCACCCACGCCUCUAGCGAUUAUAUGGAUGAAAUUUAUCGUGUCGAGGCUGUUCCGCUGGAACGCUGGAAUAACAAAGAGAAUCGAGAUAUUGAUCUUGAGGAUCAAAGGCCGACCAGCCAGGAAUCUAUGACGGCGCUUGACACCAAACAGUCGAAAGCAUCGUCUCGGCAGGACCACAUCCACGAGGUGACAUGA